CCCGGCAGCAGUCGAGUCUCGGCCGGCCCCCGCCCCCUCCGCCUAGUCAUUGAUGUUGUUGUUUUUGUCGCAGGAGGCGGAGGCGAGGCCGCGGCCUGGGGCUGCAGCAGCGGCGGCGGGGCUCGGGCCGGCGCCAGGCAUGGCGGUGUGCGGGGAGGCGGUGGGCGCCGGCUCCCUGCCCAGCGAGCUGGUGGUUCACAUCUUCUCGUUCCUGGCGGGCCCGGACCGGCUGCGGGCCUCGGCCGCCUGCUCGCACUGGCGGGAGUGUCUCUUCUACCCGGCCCUGUGGCCCCGGCUGCGCCUCAGCCUCCGCGUCUCCCCCGCCGAGCGCCCGCGCCUCGACUUCCUCAUGCGCAAGUGCGGCUGGUUCGUGCGGGAGUUGCGCGUCCAGUUCGCCGCCGACAACUACCCCGGCGGCGGCGGCGGGGUCUGCGAGGGGGCGGCGGCCGCGGCCGAGGGGGAGACGCCGCUCUGCCCCCGCUGGCUGGACCUGCUGAGGACCUACCUGGAGUUGGUGCUGUGCGUGCUGAGCAGCGUCCGCAAUAACAGGAACCUCCAGAAGUUAAGUCUUUUUGGGGAUAUAAGCAUUCUGCAGCAACAUGGAAGUAUAUCGAAUACAUACCUCGGCAAGGUGGACCCAGAUGGCAAAAAGAUUAAGCAAAACAGUAUGGACAGCAGUAGUGUGCUUGCAUCCUGCAUAGUCCUACCAACGUGCCUCAAUCCUGACUCAAGACCACUUUCAGCAAGAAUACAACAGCUAUUUGAAGAAAUAUUGGGCAAUAGCAGGCAAUUGAAGUGGCUGUCUUGUGGGUUUAUGCUGCAAAUAGUCACUCCCACAUCAUUGUCAUCUUUAUCAAACCCCAUUGCCAACACCAUGGAACACCUGAGUUUGCUGGACAACCACAUCCCUGGUAAUACCACUCUUAUCACUGCAGUUGAAUUGGAGCGCUUUGUGAAUCUGCGCUCACUCGCCUUGGAUUUCUGUGAUUUUACAGCUGAAAUGGCAAGAGUCCUGGCUGAUAGCAACCAUGUGCCUUUGCAUCGACUCUCUCUUCUGGUCCACAAAAUUUCCAUAAUGCACAAGUCCUUGGAAAACAUGCCAGAAGAUGAGAAUUGGAAGGCACUGACACGCAACAGCACUAAUCUUCGGGUCUAUAUUAUGGCUUUUGAUAUCAAGAGUGAUGACAUGCUAAGAAUUCUUAAGCCCAGUAUCCCACUAGAGAGGAUUCACUUUGACAGCUACAUCACUUGUGUUUCAGGGGCUGUUGUUGACCUCAUAUCCAGGCAGUAUGACAAGUUUCUCACUCAUUUUAUAUUAAUGAAUGAUGUGAUAGAUAUGUCUGGUUUCCCAGAUCUUAGUGACAACCGUAAUGAAGAUCCACUGGUUUUGUUAGCGUGGAGGUGCACAAGGCUCUCUCUCCUAGCAGUUCAUGGUUACACAGUGUGGGCCCAUAACCUCAUUGCAAUCGCUCGUCUUCGUGGCUCUGACUUGAAAGUGCUUGAAGUCACAGAAGAAAGCAUUGAUUUCGACCAAGGUGAACUGGCUGAUCAGGAUGUGGAUCCAGUACAUAACCUUAUUGAGCAGGUAUCCCUUGGAUUGGGUCGACCUUGGCAUGCAGUCAUGGACAUAGAAUUACUCAGUGUCUUCACCGAGCCAACUCGUCAUUUUUAUAGAGAGAUGCAAAGCUUCAGUGAAGGCAUUUAGCUCUUUUUUUAUUUACAAUUCCUGUGGUUACAUAUGCAAGUAGGAUCCUAUUAUGUUUUUCAGUAGUGUGAAUUAACCCCUUUUGUGCUGUGUUUAAUCAGUAUUAGAUAUAUAGAAUUAUAUAUGUGUAUUCUACUUCUUGAUCAAAGAACGUAGUCGGGUAUUGGUUUAGAAGCUGAAAGUGGCAACGUUUAGGGCUUUCACGGUUAAUGGACUUGUCUACCAAAUCUUAUAGAGAUACAGCCGAAGGUUGUCUGAGGUUGCCGGCUAACUAUAUGUUUUACUGAGUAACUGCAUCUUCUAUUAUUUUACUAUUAUGUCGGAAUUUAGUGCUCAGGAGCCAAUUUUUAACUAUCCAUAGCCCAGUGGAUUUGUAUGCAAUCAUUGUCAUAUAAUCUGGUAGUAUGCUACUUAUUAGGCUUUAAAAAAUAGAAGAGAAAACUACCCAAUGCCAGUUCACUGUAAACUUUCACUUUAAUUUCACAUGCAGUUUCUGAAGCAUGAAUUACUACUACUCUCUAAAUUUUUUCUCAUUUAUUAAGCAGUCGUCUGUAGCACUGUGUAGUUUUUUCAGUUACUCACCUGAAUUUGCGAGCUUUUAAGACUAUAAAUUGUAGGAUUUCUGUUCCUUUGUAAAUUCGUCAUAGCUUCUUAUUCUCAUGAUCUGUCAGUUUCUCCAUACGAGUUAGCUUUGGGCCCAGAUUUAAAAGGAAAUAUAAGUUUACACAUUCCGAUGGGGUAAAACCAUAACAAUGAAGAUAUAAAUUUAAAUGUACAUUCUUGCAAACAAACAUUAGUCGUGAAAUCCCUAGCAACCAAGUCACUGGACUUUCUCUGUCAGCGCCUGUGUCAGCUGCCAAAGAAUAGAUUAAAAAUGAAGAAGUGCCCACAUGCUGGCAGGGGCAGGCCAACUGUUGGUCUGCCAGAUACUGCUAGAUUGUAAUAUAUAAGGUCGAAUUUCGACCUGUGGUACACAGCUGUGCUGUGGCUCAGUCAGCAACCUCAGAACUCUUAAACAAACAUGCACCUGUUUCACUGUGAAUAGUGAAUGUAAAGGAAGGAAAGGAAAUAAAUACAAAGCUUGUUCUAUCACAGGUAUGAGCUGCUAUGAUGCAUGAAGAACAUUCCAUGAAGUAUGUUUUAAAAUCUUGUUAUAUCUGAGAGGCUUUAAAAGCCGAUUUAACUGUUUCAGGGCAACCGCGGUACAGACGUGGUCUCUGUGAGACUUCCACCUGACCCCAGUUUUAAGUGGUACGAAUGUUGUGCAUUUAAUGUUAAAGGACAGUCUGCAAUAAUUAAAGUAAGUGGCCAACGUGGGUGCCCAGCAGUGCUGAGACCUGGCUGCUAUAUUGUAAGCUUUGGAAAACACAAUUUAUGCAACAGAUGUCCAGAUAUGAUUCUAUUUAUGGAAAAAGUUUAUAUGUGUUUUACAAAUGGUUUUACCAUCUUAUAUUAAAAUGACCUUUUGACAGGUGUGCGCUGUUUUGUCUCCAGUGAGCACAUACCAUGCGGAUUUUAUAUGUACAUCAGUAGAGUGAAUCCACUGGCACAGUGUGUGUGUAUAUGCCAGAUGUGGUGAGAUUUUAUCUUAUAAAUGUGAUCAGAUUAAAAAAACUCCUGACAGAAAAUGUAAGGAAACCAGCUGAAUGUUUGAACUGAUGACUGAUGUUGUAUGGUUUAUGUUAAAUGUAUAUUCUUUUAAUCAAUGAAUAAAGCAUUCAAAACUGAUCAUUGUAAAAUA